UCAUUGUUUCUUUCUGCCAACAAGAUCCCAGUUCUAUUUUCUCUUUCUUUCUCUCUUUUUGGACUUCUUCCCCACUAACACGUUCUUUCUCUCUUCCUUCUUCUAACAUCAUCAUACUCAGAAAGAGAGAAAGCAUAAUGGCUGAAGUUACCAUGAGUGAAGUCUCUACUUCAUUUCGUCGGGUUCUUCUUAUCUCUGCUGGUGCAAGUCACUCUGUUGCUCUUCUCUCUGGAAACCUUGUGUGCUCAUGGGGACGAGGAGAAGAUGGGCAGUUAGGGCACGGCGAUGCUGAGGAUCGACUUUCUCCUACUCAAUUGAGUGCACUUGACGAUCUUGAAAUAGUGUCUGUUACCUGUGGAGCUGAUCAUACAACUGCAUAUUCUGAGUCACGUAUGGAAGUCUAUAGUUGGGGAUGGGGUGACUUUGGAAGGCUGGGCCAUGGCAAUUCUAGUGACUUGUUCACUCCCCAGCCGAUUAAAGCAUUGCAUGGUUUGAGGAUAAAGCAAAUUGCUUGUGGGGACAGCCAUUGUUUAGCAGUGACCAUGGAGGGAGAGGUUCAGAGCUGGGGGAGGAAUCAAAAUGGUCAACUUGGUCUUGGAACCACUGAAGAUGCUCUUGUGCCUCAAAAAAUUCAAGCCUUUCAGGGAGUGUCUAUCAAAAUGGUUGCUGCUGGAGCCGAACAUUCUGUGGCUGUUACAGAAAAUGGAGAGCUCUAUGGAUGGGGUUGGGGCCGUUAUGGAAACCUGGGCUUAGGUGACAGAAAUGAUCGCCUAAUUCCGGAGAAAAUUUCUACUCUUAAUUUGCAGGGAGAAAGGAUGGUUACGGUUGCUUGUGGAUGGCGACACACCAUUUCUGUUUCUUCUUCCGGUGGGUUGUACACUUAUGGAUGGAGCAAAUAUGGUCAACUAGGCCAUGGGGACUUUAAGGAUCACCUUGUCCCUCAUAAGCUGGAAGCAUUGCGUGACAGCUUUAUAUCUCAGAUAUCAGGUGGUUGGAGACAUACAAUGGCCCUUACAUUUGACGGAAAACUUUAUGGCUGGGGUUGGAAUAAGUUUGGACAGGUUGGAGUUGGUGACAAUGCCGAUCAUUGCUCUCCUGUGCAAGUGAAUUUUCCUCAUGACCAGAAGGUAGUUCAGAUUUCAUGUGGAUGGAGACAUACACUUGCUGUCACUGAUCGGCAAAAUGUAUAUUCUUGGGGAAGAGGUACAAAUGGGCAGCUUGGUCAUGGACAAUCUUCUGACCGGAAUAUUCCAAUUAUUAUAGAGCCAUUGAGCCUUGAUGGAUCGAGUGGCCAACAUAUAGAAUCCUCUAACAUCGAUUCAUCAUCAGGGAAAACCUGGGUCUCACCAUCAGAGAGAUAUGCUGUUGUUCCUGAUGACUCCGUAGGUGGAGGUAACGGGAGCGAUAUAAGUGUUCCGGAGGCUGAUGUCAAAUGAGUAAGAGUUUAAUAUCCCUACAUGAAUAAACUUUCGUUAUUGCCUUUGGAGAUGCUAGAAUCGGUUUAUGAGGACCAGACAGAUGCCAUUGCUGGCAUGUUUUUUUUGGGUAUCCUCAUGACUUGUAAAUGUCAAAUUGUACUACUACUGGUGAAGACAAUGAACUUUUUUUAUUUUUAUUUUUAAUUUUU